AUGGACCCCUCACCGAGCUCAACCUCCCGCGAGCUCAAGGAUACUCGCGCGACCAGCUCGACCAGCCUCAACAGUGCUGCUUCGGGCUCUUCAUCCACUCAUAAACCACCUACUCUUUCUCAGCGAUCCCCUUCUGUAUCUAUAUCCGCUGGUUCUGGCCCAAGCUCCAUAUCCGCACACCGCGCAAGCUUCGCCGAGGGCUUGCGCAAUGCGCCCUCGUCCCCACGCUCUCAACGGCACCCUUCUUUCACACAGGCCGCUCUCCAGGAGCUUUUGAACCAUCCUCCUGCAGGUAACAAGCAUGCCAACCCCAGAUUUGCCGGCCGCGAUUGGCGUGAUGUAGCUAUCGGAGAGCUUGUAUCUCCCGAUGAUGUUAAAUGGGUUGACUUCAAUAGCAGCGUUGAAGAAGCUACAAAGGACCGACCCAAUAUGCGCCUUCAAGUACCAAAUAACCAUGCUAACUCUAACUCGCAGCUCCUCCUUAAGAGCCCUACCAACGUUGUUCUGGUCCGCGAGGAUCCCUCCACCCAUAUCGCGGUCUCCACAUUCGAUUAUACCGAUCUGAACGCAUACCUGCUUGUUGUCGUUGGUCUCGCCAAACCUGAAGAAGAUCAGGUUGAGCUAUUCAAUUCGAUUCUGGCCAAGGCUCAGGAAGGUGGCCAGAUUCCCCUACGAGACGUCUUCCCUCUUUUCCGCAAGGAAACACUCAUCACAUUGCCUGGUGACGAAAAGCUCGCACAGGCUAUCCAAAUUCUCGGCAGUGGCAUCCAUCGUCUGUUGGUGACAACUACUAGCGGCGAGGUGGUUGGCAUCGCAAGCCAACUUAGAAUUGUCGAGUUUUUCUGGAACGAAGGUGUCAACUUUCCUUCUAUUGAUCGACUUUACCCUGCUUUGCUACGUGAUCUGGGCGUUGGGGCCAAGGAGAUUGUUUCUGUCAACUCCGAUUCACCCUUAUCUGAAGCACUUACGCUUAUGAACAACGAAGGUCUUACAAGCGUUGCUGUUGUUGACAACGGCAUGAAUGUGGUGGGCAAUAUCUCGACCAAGGACGUCCGUCACUUAACCAAGAGUUCCAACGCCCAUUUACUCAAUUCGUCAUGCAUGAAUUUUAUUUCUGUGAUUCUCAACGAGCGAGGGGUUGAACACGGACGCGACGUCUUUCCCGUAUUCUACGUGAACCCCUACUCUACUCUGGCCCAUACCGUUGCCAAACUCGUUGCUACUCGAUCGCAUCGAAUGUGGGUGGUUGAAUCGGCAUCACCCUCCCCUUCAGCUCCUGCAACACCUUUAAUGGGGCCCCAAUCUUUCACGACCGCCGGCCCUCCACCUCCUGCUGCGCCCCCGUCGCCUGUCCCGACUGCAGCAGUACCUGCUUCUCCAGUCCCUACAGCUGCUGUGCCGGCAUCGGCCAUGGCCGGAGCUCGUCUUUCAGGGAGGCUUACCGGUGUUAUCUCGUUGACUGAUGUACUCAAUAUGUUUGCGAAAUCAACUGGUCUGCACCCUUCGGACCCCAACGAACAGCGAGCGAGGCGAAGACGAAGCUCAAGCAGCUCAGUGCGACCAAGUCUGGACUCAUCUCGAGCUAGUAUCGAUUUCCGAAGGUGA